GCUUGUCAACCCUGAACAACAACCCUAUUUUGGAGUGUGUCAAUUUUUACUUGCAAUACUAUUUAUAUGCGGUUUUUAUGUAAAUAAGCCAAAGUUAAUGUAGUCAAAAAAUCACACUCACUCUCGAGCGCAACAACUGUGUUUUGGCAUUUUCGUUUAAAACAAAAGAGAGUAAACUACUCGACAAGCAGGCCAAUCAAAAACGAAUUUGUUUAGAAUAGGGAAGUUAAGCAGACGACAAACGAACGAACAUUUCUCAAACAUAGUUUGACCACCGAUUAGAAAACAACACAAAAGGUUCUACAAUGGAGGCCCCACCAAUAUUCAACAGCGUUGAAGAUGAGUGCAGAUAUUGGAAAGAGCGCUCAAAACAGUAUCACAAAGAGUGGACAGAUGUGAAACAGGAGUACGAUGAAUAUGUCGAACAGUCACGAGAAAUGGAAGCCGAAAUGGACGCAACUCUGGAGCAAAAACAGAGUAUAAUCAAAGAUCUCAGAGCAAAGCUAAACACAUUAGAGAAAGAAAACGAUUCACUGAAGCUUAAGCUGGACUCACAUGGCAUUGAGAUGUCAAAUCAGGAAAAACAGCUAGAGCAAGUGAGAAAGGAGCGCGACACCAUGAAGGAUUAUCUGCGACAGCUAGAACAGAAAAACGACGAUCUAGAGCGGGCACAUCGCAUACUCAAUGAGAGCAUAGUCGACUUUGAAAAGAUGUUGGACAAAGCCUAUGAAAAAAAUGCGCUACUUGAGAUGGAGGUCGAUGAAAAGGAAGUGCUACAGGAGAAACUACAACGACUGAUGGAUGAGACGCGGGAUCUCAAACAGGAGUUGAAUGUCAAGUCACGUUAUACGCCUGGCAAUGGUACUACCACAGCUCCUGCCAGCGGCAAUAGUUCCAUGAAUUCCUCAACAUCGCUGCCCAAUGGCAUUGUGACCAAUGGCGACAUGCUGCUGCAACAUGACAAUGCCACAGCAAAGGCUAACAGCAUUAGCGUUAAUGCGCUCAAUGGCAGUUUAGUUAAUAGAAACGAAUAUAAUCAACAUUCGCUUAAAAAUCCCGAGAACCUUAUCAAUGGCAAUGCUAUGAAUGCCAGCUCCCGCACCACGGCACUAAACAUUGUGGCCGAUAUGUUAAGAAAACUGAACACCAUGGAAACGAAGUUGAAGUCUUAUCGCGAACAUGCGCCGCCUAUACAACCACGCCAAUGACAAGCAGCUCCACUGCUAGCUGGGAUUGCAUCUGGACAUGGCUGUCAACUGUCCCUGGAGGCGGAUUAGCAGACAUGCGGCAUCUGAACAAAACAAACAGCAGACAGCAAACAAAAAGAAAACAAAUCAGUUGCAGUUUUUUUCUUUCUUAAUUUAGUUAGCUAUUAGUUUUACAAACCUUUACCCGGCUGCCCAACGUUUUAUUUAUUUUCAUUUAAAUGACUUGUAAAAAUUAAUUAUAUUACUUAAUGAACGCCCACACACAUUAUAAGCACACAAUUGCCUUAUUAACUGAUUAUAUAUGUAUGUAUGCUGAAUAAUGUAAUAGAUUAAGAUUUAUGUUUAAGUGCAAAACAAACUAAUUUGGCAGCAGCAACAUUUCUUGAAUUGUAUGUACAUGUAUAUUUAAAGGAGUUAUGGAUAUACGAGUCUAUGUAGUAGAUAUACAUACAUAUGUAUUAUUAAAUCUUGUGUUUGAUUGCAAUUUGACAGAAAUUUCGCUUAAAAACAUGUAGCAUACAUUUUGGUGUUGCUUUCAUUAUUAAUUUCUAUUAAAUUUAUUAAGUUUUUGUGAAAUUGUUGCAAUGUUGCAAGCAAGCACUAGAUUUAUAAGCAA